AUUUCGAAUUUCCAAAAUGAUUUUGCCGUUGAACAUUCCAAAUUAACCGAAACCAAUAGCAACAUUAUUCCACAUAUGGCAUCCGUAAACUUAAAUAAAAUGACAACAUAACCUUUUAAAGCAGCAGAUGCAUUAAAAAUAAAUGACAGAAUCAGUAAAACUUUUUUAAAUAUACUAAUUAUUGCAGUUGCAAUGCGAAAAUCAUUAUCAUCAAGCUUUCCUUGUGCUUUCGGUGGUAUGCAAAAGCCGCACGUUACUGAGUCGGCGCGAAAUGACAAACUAGAGUGGGGGGCAGUAACCCUAAUAUCGCCAGACGAGGAGGUUGUGUCGCAUCGCGGCGCGAAUACAUCGCGAUCUCCGCAAACUAUAAACAAUUUGCCGACCAUGUUAUGAUCGCAAAACCAUUAAUUAUAAUAUGACUUUUUAUAAAUAAAAAUGGGAAUGAGUGAUUUUUUUCAAGUGUAAUUAUAAACUAUGCCGUGUAAAGUGCGAAGUGACGUUAAUCAGUAGUUGUGUCAAGCAUGACCGCGGGUCCAAUUAAAAGAGAUAAUAUAGGAUGGAACAAGUUCAAAUGUAUAGUGAUUUUGUAUCUAGUCUUAUGUUUGCCAUGUGUCAUAAAAGCUCAAAGUCGGGCUCCGCGUAUAAAGGAGCACCCAGCUGACACAAUAGUUGGUAGGAGUGAACCAGCCACUCUUCGCUGCGUGUCUGAAGGGAAACCCAAGCCUUCAAUCCAGUGGUACAAAGAUGGAUCCCCGCUUGCUCCUACUGACCACCCACAUAGAGUACUCCUUGAAGAUGGACUACUAUUCCUCAGGGUUAUGCGGGGAAAGAAAGAAAACGACGAGGGGGUGUACUGGUGCGUUGCACGCAACUCAGUCGGCGAGGCGGUCAGUAAGAACGCCACACUCACAAUCGCUGUUCUACGUGACGACUUCAGAGUUGAACCACGAGAUGUGAAAGUAGCCAGUGGUGAACCAGCCACGCUAGAAUGCUCCGCUCCUAAAGGCGUACCCGACCCGGGCGUGCACUGGACGAAGGACGGACAAACUUUAGAUGUAGAAGUUAACGGGAGAAUUAUGAUAGUAAAUGGCGGUGAUCUCAAAAUAUUAGAAAGUCUUCCAGGAGACAGUGGUGUAUAUAGAUGUGUGGCUUCAAAUGUAGCUGGAGAAAGACAAUCCCGUCCUGCGACAUUACUCGUAUUACGCAGACCACAUUUUCUCGUGAAACCCAAUAACAUAACGGCUUUGAUAGGCCAGAACGUUGAGUUUCAUUGUCAGGCCUCACCAGAAUCAGAUGUGUCGGUAACGUGGUCUCGAGACAAUGGCUCAUUAUCGCCAUACGCAAUCAUUCGUCGAGGAUCUCUGAGAAUAGAUCGUGUUGUUGCUACUGAUGCCGGAAUUUAUACAUGUAGAGCUGAAAGCCAAGCAGGGAGUAGUGCCGCAUCGGCUACAUUAACUGUCCAUUCAUUACCUCAUUUCACUCGAGUGCCUUCGGAUCAAACCGCGUGGGAAGGAGAGGCUAUAUCAUUUCAAUGUGAAGCUGAUGGUACGCCACCUCCUGUAGUGUUUUGGACUAUGGAAGGAUCUCAGGAAUUGGUUUUUCCAAAAUCGACCCACGGUACUGGAUCCUUAUAUUUAGAUAGAGUAACUACCCAACAUGCUGGUAGACUUACGUGUGUCGCUGUAAGUGCGGCUGGAAGUGCUAUGCAUACUGCAACAUUACAAGUACUACGAAGAGAAGCUAAUUCAUUUAAUGGAGAUUUAGAAUCUUCUUCUACAUAUCCUGAGUUGGCAAAACAUCAAAAUCAUCCACCGAUGACACAGUAUGAAUUAGUUCAAGCUCGUCGGUACUUACAACAAGAUGUUUUAGCUUUGAGAAGAGUUGAAGGACUAUCUGCUACUACUGUUAAAAUUGUGUGGGAUGUGCUAACGGACUACAACGAAUAUUUAGAAGGCGUAAAAAUAUGGUUUAACGGCACCUCAAUGAACAGACAAUACGUUUUAGAAGAAGACUAUCAGCAUUCCAAUGUAUCAUACAAAGAAAGUUUAGCUGAUUUUAGAAGAUAUGAAAGCUUUUCUAUGACCACCGUUCACAAUAGUGGUUCAUCUAGUCAUAUUUUAACUGGUCUAUUGCCAUAUGCUCAAUAUGAUGUCUUUCUAAUGCCAUUUUACAAAUUGUUAUUGGGUAAACCUUCUAAUAUGAAGAGCGGUUUCACUGAGGAAGAUGUUCCGACGGAGCCACCGCAAAGCGUCACGGCGGGAGUGAUAAAUGCGACGUCAGCGUGGAUUCGGUGGGAUCCACCGCCUCCGCACACAUGGAACGGCGAACUUUCCGGUUAUUUGAUUGAAGUCCGAGUAGGUGGUAGUACUGGUGGUCGUGUAGUUGGUCAGAUGUCAUUAGGUGCUCAUACGCGUGCUGCUGCGGCAAGUUCACUGCGCGCUGGUGGUCGGUACAGUGCUCGCGCGGCCGCUGUUACACGCCGUGGACACGGCCCAUUUAGCGCGCCUGCACAAAUACACAUGUUGCCUACUCAAACACAGAGACAUUAUGUUCAAACUGAACCAUCGACGGACAAGGCGAUAGUGUCAAUGUUCCAGGAAACUUGGCUGCUGGCAUUAUGUCUAACUUUGUUAGUUUUAGUACUAGUCGGCACUGGAGUCAUUGUUUAUAUAAGGAGAAAGCAGACAAAGCAAAGGAAAAGCCAAAACACAACUGGAACUGCUAUUGUUAAUGCUCAACAGUGUCUGUUAGGGAAAGAAGCGGUUUGGUUAAGAGAAAGGCCAAUGUUUGAAGGAUCAAAUGAACCUAGGAUAGAAAUUUUAAAUUGCCACCAAAGUCUUUUACACGGUGGUCACUCAAUAGGUACUAUGGCUAUGGAAGCCGAGUAUAGUCUUCCACAACAUACAAAUGUUAUGAAUCCGAUACCAGAGGAGAGUCAAAUGAGAAGACACCAACCAGAGCCUUAUGCGUCAAGUGCUAUUUAUACUGAGUUAAAUUAUCAGGAUCACACAGACGCAGAAGAUUCCUGUAUGAAGUGCGCUGUUAGUCCAGGUUCGUACGACAACAGUAUGGUCAGAUCUUAUGGAGAAAGCAAUCAAUACUCCAAUGAAGAAUGUUCUACGUGCUGUCGAAGUAGCAGUUCCACUCUUACAAAGGACUAUAGUGAAAUGACAAAAUGUGGGAACGAUGAAGAAAUGCAAGACAUGUCCAUAGAAGAAUGUCCAUCAUGUAAAACAAAUAAUUCUAGAUCAUCAAGUCAUCAUGACGGGCACAAAGAUUGGGCUAUGGCUGAAGUAGAAUAUGAUUACCCACAAUGGCAUUGGUUGGGAAGAGAAAAUACUUUUAGACAACCCAAUCCAGAAAUGAGGUAUGCUACUGAAGGUAGGAGUGACCAGGAUUGUAGGAUGAACUUAUGUGAUAUUCUUCCUCCGCCGCCUUAUGAACGGGAAUCACCAUAUCGAGAAAUGCACGCAUUUACAAAUCACUCAGGGACAUCAGGUUGUUCAGGUCAUACAUAUAGAAGUUAAUUGAAUUGUAAAUUAAUAUCACUAGGAUGUAAUACAAGCAAUAUUACUUUAUAGUGUGAAUUGUACAAAUGUAUAAAGGUCUUUGCAUUAUUAUGAUCGUUAAGGUAAAGUGGGAUACCUGUUACACUGUCGCGUAAUACAGAAUCUGUUUUAUCGAUUUGUAUUAAAUAAUGAAAUUCGUUGGAAGUGAGUGAAUAAAAACAUUUUAAUUUUAUUGAGUAGUAAAUUUUUUUAACAGUUAUAUUUAUUUAGCUCGUAAUUUUAAUAAUUAUUUCAGAAGUCUCGUUUUAAUAAAUAUUACAUAAAACAUGAUUGGCAAUUCACAUUUAUACGAUACGUAAUCAACCUGUCCUAUGUGAUGUGGGCGUAUAGUUGCGCGACGGUGUAAUAGAAGGCUUUCGAAGAUUGUAGUUCUUGUGGAUGUGUUUACAAAUAGACUGCUAUAAAACGUAACGUAGGCAUUAGGUUUUCAUCUUUCUCUAGUGACUGUGAUAUAGUAUAAUUUCGUAUUCAAAUUUACGUUUUAUGUAAAUAUUUUAAAAUAUUUGAUAUCCUUAUACAAUUUUAUCAUUGACGUAUUUAUUGAGUGUAGCGGGGUUAGGAAUAAACAAUUUUUUAAACUGUAUAUUUUAAACAAUCACAGUUGUAUAUCAUUUUGUACUGAGACAGGAUUCCUAAACUGUAUCGGGAUAUACUUUAUUGUACUUUGUAAAACCAGCUUAAUUAAAACUGGAG